UUCAAGAGUAGAGCUCCUCGGACGUAGUGGCCGCGACCAGCCGCAGCAGAAGAGAGGAAACUAACUCAGCGCUCACUUUUCGGAACUAAAAUUUUAGUUUAGGAUGUCAUAGAACACAGAUAUAUUUUUUUCCUCUUUUAUUAUUAUUAUUAUUUUUUAAAGGACGUUACUAUACGGAGUUCGAGGACCAACACUGUAUUAAAAGUGUCUGAUAACUUAUUACUAAAAAUUAUUUGAGCCGAGCGCCCUUUUGGAAAACGUUGUGGCAAAAACUUGGAAUUUACAAGGACACGGACAUGGCUUGGAGUAGGGGCCUCUUACUUUCAUUUGGUUUCCUUCUCUCACCAUUCUGUUUGUCAGCCGGAGCACAGCAGCACAUCCGCAGCGCCGUCAGGAAGCUCUACGUGCUCCAGCCCGGUCCGGGUCCCGGUCCCGGUGCCGGGGGCUCGUCGGACGGGAUGCGAGUCAGCUCCAUUUCAACUCGUCACGGCAGCUCGGGGCUUCCGCACUCUUACAGUGUCGACCUCACCGCUAAAUUGGGCAGCCAGGUCCGGACUCGCCGGAUGGGGAAGCAAGCCUCGUCAGCCCAGGAGUCCAUUGUUCAGCACGGCGUUCCGGAGCAGAACCAGCACAGGCAGCUUCUCAAGCAGUCUGGGGUUAAUGUCUGUGGGAGCCAGUGCUGUUAUGGAUGGAGCAAAUCUCAAGGAUCUCAGCGGUGCACAAAGCCAAACUGCAUCCCUCAGUGCCAGAACGGAGGAAUGUGCCUCAGGCCCCAGCUCUGUGUCUGCAAGCCUGGCUCGAGCGGCAAGGCAUGUGAGCAGAGGACUGUGCCCACACACACUCUUCCAGCACAGCCUGGGAAAGGAGCGACCAAUGAUCACAGCAGCGGUCACAACACAGUGCCGCAGCGGCCCAUACCUCAGCAAGUGCCUCCUAAUGCUCAUGAUCUGCCCUCACCUCAAGCUGACAACAUUGCCCAGAUGAAACUGACUGUCAAACCUUCCCCACAGCUUGUGAGGCCGCAUUAUAUCCAACAACACAUCCAGCAACAAAUCCGGACAAUGCCCAUGCACCCUGGACAGCAAUAUGUCAUAAAGCCAAAAUAUUACCAUACACACAGCACCCACACGCAGACGCACAUCAAGCCUCAAUUGGAAAGGCCCAUCCCUUUAUCAGUUGCACACAACCCUAUACACGUGGGCAACCACACAGGAAGGAUCAAGGUAGUGUUCACUCCCACUAUUUGUAAAUUUACCUGUAUGGGAGGGAGAUGUCACAACAACUGCCAGCAGGGAAAUACAACAACCAUCAUCAGUGAAAAUGGACACGCCACCGAUACACUGACAUCUCCCAACUUUAGGAUAGUGGUAUGUCAUCUGCCAUGUAUUAAUGGUGGCAAGUGCAGUGCAAGGGACAAGUGUCAGUGUCCUCCAAACUUUACUGGAAAGUUCUGCCAGAUGCCAGUUCAAAACGGACACCAUCAGCACCGGCAGACGUCGGGCAGCUACAGUCAAACUCAGGUCCAUUCCACGCACACGUUGCCUCUCACCUACAGCAACGGACAGAGUGCCGGAUUUAGUCCCAACAUUGUAAACAUCCACAUCAAACAUCCCCCUGAGGCAUCUGUCGAGGUCCACCAGGUAUCUCAGCUGGACGACCACCACAAUAACGGACAAAACCCAAGAGGGCCCCAGUCAGGAUCGUCUUCAUCCUCCAGCUACAGCUUUCAUCACACUGAAAGCCAUCAGAAGAUCCAACACCAUGGCUACAACGUUAUCUACCCUGGCCAGCAUGGUGACCAGGUCACGCAUUACCAGCCUGUCUCCUCGAAGAACACUUUAGGACGUUGCUUCCAAGAAACCACUGGUAGUCAGUGUGGGAAAGCUUUCCCAGGUCUCACUAAACAGGAGCAGUGCUGUGCGACUAUUGGGACAUCAUGGGGUUUCCACAAAUGCCAAAAAUGUCCGAGUAAACAAUCAAUUCCUCUAAUCGACUGCCCUCAAGGUUUCAAGAAAGUCAACAGCACUCAUUGCCAAGUGUAUUUCUUCACAGAUUUGGAUGAGUGUCAGUUACAAGGGGUGUGUCCUAAUGGAAAUUGUGUGAAUACUGUGGGCAGCUACAGAUGCAUGUGCAAACCCGGCUACAUCCCCAACUCCAUGCUCACCUCAUGCAUAUCCAACAUGCCCGCCAUCCAAGAGGAGAAAGGGGCUUGCUUCCGUUUGGUGAGCUCAGGGAGGCAGUGUUUGCACCCAGUGUCUGCUCAGCUGAGCAAACAGCUCUGCUGCUGCAGUGUGGGCAAAGCCUGGGGACCACAUUGUGACAAAUGUCCCCCUCCUGGCACAGCUAUGUUCAAAGAAAUCUGCCCUGGUGGGAUGGGCUACACUGUUCUCCCAAAUCCACCCGUCAAUAAACCAGUUACAGUUUACCAGACACCAAGUGAACCACUUACCCCUCACCCUUUGCCAACACCAGAAAAACCAGUGGAGGCUUUUGGGAAGCCAGAAGAGAUUAUACCAGUAGCAACCGCUGCCCCGGAUCAGGAGCUGGUUGUACCUGCAGUUAGCAUUAGACCAGUUGUUGAUUCCAUACUACCCCAACUAUCUCCUGGUGUAUCCACUGUCAAGAUGAAUGCAACUUACCCAGAGGUGGUUGAGCAGAGCUCUCCCCCUGUUCCGGUGGAGAUUCUCCCCUCUAAUGCAGGCCAAGACAUUGCUCCAACUCAGUCUGCAGAGGUGGAUGAAUGCCAGAUCAACCCUUAUAUUUGUGGACGGGGUCUUUGUUACAACACAGCUGAAGGUUACACCUGCCAUUGUGAUGACGGAUACCGCUUGAACGAUGCACUGACCUUCUGUGUAGAUAUGGAUGAAUGUUUGGAGACCCCAUCUUUGUGUUCUGCCGGUCUGUGCCAAAACACAGAGGGAAGUUUCCUGUGUGUGUGUCCACAAGGAUUCCUAGUUGAUGAAGAGGGAACCGCUUGUCUGGAUAUCAAUGAAUGUACGAACAGGACAGUGUGUCCAUCUGGCAUUUGUAUUAACAGCCCAGGUGGUUACAACUGUGGAUCCUGCCCACUGGGCUUCCUGGCACACGGAGGCCAGUGUGUAGACAUAGAUGAGUGCCAAGAUCAGCGUUUCUGUACCAGGGGCCACUGCUUGAACACAGACGGUUCCUUUAUCUGUCAGUGUGGGCCAGGCUUCACUUUGUCUCUGUCUGGAGAUCAGUGUGAUGAUGUGAACGAGUGUUUAGAAGACGAGCCCUGCAAAUCCAUUGGGGAGUGUGUUAACAACAUGGGCUCCUACACAUGUACCUGUCCCAAAGGUUACCGACAGAUUGACAGCACCAGCUGCAGAGAUGUUGAUGAGUGCUCGGAUGAGCCAGAACUCUGUUCGCCCCACGGUGAAUGUCUCAAUACAGAGGGAUCCUAUGUGUGCGUGUGUGGGAGUGGAUUCACUGCUAGUCUCGACACACCUUCCUGUGAUGAUAUUGAUGAGUGUGGACUCAAUGAGACUUUGUGUAGUCCUCAUGGUUUCUGUGAGAAUAGAUUGGGUUCAUUUAGAUGCCUUUGUGACCAGGGCUACCAGGGAAGCCAAGAUGACCAAAGCUGUAUCGACGUGAAUGAGUGUGAGCUGCUGAAUAGUGUCUGUGGAGAAGCUCAGUGUGUGAACAUUGAAGGUUCUUUCCUCUGCACGUGUCCCAGCGGCCAAGAGUAUAAUGUCAUGGUGUCCAGAUGUGAGCCUCUUCCCACAGUGCCAUCUAUAGAGCGUAAAGAGUGCUACUUCCGUCUUAAUGAUGAGAACUUAUGUGAGAGUGUGCUCACCAGCCAUGUCACACUGGAAGAAUGCUGCUGCACACUGGGAGCUGGCUGGGGGGACAACUGUGAGGUUCAUCCUUGUCCUGUCAAUGGCACAGACCAAUUCAACCAAAUGUGUCCAUCAGGAAAAGGAUUUAUCCCAAGUGGAGAUUUGCUUUAUGAAGUUCCUACACCUGAAAGCUACAAAAAUGCAGAUGAGUGCAUGCUGUUUGGCCAGGAGGUGUGUAAGGGAGGCUUCUGUCAAGAUACUGUGGGCAGCUAUGAGUGUUAUUGCAAGACGGGACAGGACUAUGACCCUUCCAAGAUGGAAUGCAGAGACAUAAAUGAGUGCCUCGAUGAGUCGGUGUGCGCUGGAGCAGAAUGUUUGAACACUGAAGGGUCAUACAUUUGUUACUGUAAUCAUCCUAUGGUGUUGGAUCCCAACAGUAACACCUGCAUUUAUGUUCCUGAUGUGGCUAACCAACAUGAGGUGGGGCAAAUGGACUUCCAGGGUAUCUGCUGGCAGAAGGUGACAGAAUCCAUGACAUGCACUCUGCCGCUGGGUCCUGACAGGAAGACGACAUUCACAGAGUGCUGCUGUCUCUAUGGAGAGGCAUGGGGAAUGGAAUGUGCCUUAUGCCCGCCCAAAAAUACAGGUGAUUACGCCUCCAUGUGUAACCUUGGUAGGAGGCAUCCUUACGGCCAUGAUGCCCUUGUUGCUGGUCCAGUCCAUGAAUAUGAUUCCAGUUUAGACUAUUCACCAUCACCUGAGGAACAUUCUUCGAUGCUAUUCUACAACAAUAAGGAAUAUCCUUUCAAGGCAUUUGAGGGUUUGGGAGCUGAGGAGUGUGGCAUAUUGAACGGCUGUGACAACGGUCGAUGUGUCCGCGUCCAAGAAGGUUACACCUGCGAAUGCUUUGAUGGUUACACGCUGGACCUGCCCCGCAUGGCCUGCAUUGAUGUAAACGAGUGUUCGGAGCUCAACCAUCGCAUGUCCCUGUGUAAAAACGCAAAAUGCAUUAACACUGUGGGUUCGUAUCGGUGCGUUUGUAUGCCGGGUUUCACUCCCUCUGAAAAACCAAAUUAUUGUGUGGCGUCGACACAGUGAGUGUGCUUUUACCGGACCCGGCGACAAGAGACUCUAAAACUGCACACAUGCGUGCGCAUCUCCAGAAAUGACAUUUUUUGAAAACAUCCACAAAAACAUUCCAUUUCAAUCUUCACUGAAAUCCUCCUGGUUUAUGUCAAAACACUUUGAAUGCAACAUCCGACAGUCCAAACAGUUGUCCUUUUUUUCUUUCUGUCUGUUACUCUAUUUCAGGGGUGUCCAAACCGGUCCUUAAGGGCCACUGUGGGUCCUGUUUUUUGUUCCUAUUAAUCAAGCACAGACAGUUUAACCAAAGUUUCUGCUAAAACAAGCAGCACCUGAAUGCAAUCAACUGAUUACUGUAAUUUUCAGACUAAAAGCCGCAUCUACCAAAUUUGAAAGUUGUUCAGGUAUACACCGCACUGGAUAAUAAGCCACACCUAAAGACUACUGUUGUCGCGAUAAUAUAAUAUUUUCAUCUUGAUAUAUGAAAAUAAAUGUGAACUGCACGUUUUUUUCACUUUUAACCAUUAAUAGAGACUGUUUUACACCCAUAUCUGUAAAGAAUUUGGGGAUUUAAGCAUUUAUUUACAAGAAUUUUCACCAGAAAAGCUCUGUUUCCAUCAGGCGGCCGCUAGCUACAUUUACUAACAGACUAGCAUUGUACUUCGAAAUAUUUACGUAAAAUAAAUGCUAACUGCACUUUUUUUUUUUUGCUUUUAACUAAGAAUCGAGACUGUUUUACGUCCACAUCUAUAAAGAAUUCAGGGAUUUAAGCAUUUAUUCACAAGAAUUUUCACUAGAAAAGCUCUGUUUACAUCAGACGGCCGCUAGCUACAUUCACUAACAGACUAGCUUUGUACUUCAACAUAUUUACGAAAAAUAAAUGCAAAGUGAGAGCUUUUUUUGCUUUUAACCAAGAAUCGAGACUGUUUUAUGUCGAUAUCUAUAAAGAAUUCGUUGAUUUAAGCAUUUAUUCACAAGAAUUUUCAACGAAAAAAGCUCUUUGUGGUUCCACUCAGUCUGCUUUGACGGCCUGGCCAACAAUACAGGCCCCCUAUUUAUCGGCACGGCGCCCUGUCAAUAUAUUAUGAAGUCUAUGCCCCAAAACAACAAAAUUCUCUUAACCUGUGAUAGCCAAAAACCAAUAAAUGACUGAGUAAUCAAAUAUUGUAUCGCGAUACAACAUUCCAAUAUUAAUACAAUUCAAUACUUUUACAACCCUACAAACCCAGCAAAAUCCACAUGAGACGCACUGGAUUAUAAACUGCAUGGUUCAAAGUGGAGGGAAAAAGUAGCGGCUUAAAGUCUGAAAAAUACCAUACACUUGUCGGACACCAGAUUGGCGAAAAGGUGGUGGCUUGUGGACCGUUUACAUGGUGACGCCGCGACAACAAGACGCAACGAUUGUGCUGCGGAAUGGCCUCGUCUUUACAUAGUGACGGCGAAAACGGAUGGCGAAGACGCAAACUUUGGAUUCCGGUCUCCAAAGCGGAAUGAUUCGAUUGCAGGGAUUGCACCGCAACCAUAUGAAUGGAACAGAACUCUCUCGCUCCGAUGACAUCAGCACACGCACACUCACUUUGGGCAUGCGCAGUCGCUACUCGUAAACAUUCAAAACAGCAAACAUGGUGGAUUGUCUGCUUUAAUUUACUGUUUUUAGAAUAUUUUUAUUUCAAAUAUAUUUUAUGUUCGCGUUUUGGUGCCUUUUGAAGCAAAAGAAAAAAACGUGUGGAUGCCAUUGCUUGGAGUGGGAGGGUAUGUUGUCUUCCGGGCUGAGGAGGUUGUGGGCAGUGUAUCAUUGGCUGUCGCCUUUUAAAACUGCACAGUCUCCUUAGGGUCGGCAUGAAUACCACAUCGUUUUCACGCAGAAUUGCGAUAUCAUUCGAAUGGAGACGGAGCCAAGAUGAAACCAUGUAAAUGCAAACAUGAAAUUUGCCGUAUUCUUUGAGCGUCACCAUGUAAACGGCACCUUGUUUUGUUGGAAUGCAAUCCAGCACCCACUGCGGCCCUGUGUGGAAUAGUUUGGACACCCCUGUUCUAUUUAAUAUAUUUGAAAUAUAUAACUCAUUCACUGCCAUUGACGGCAAGAGACGUCAGAUCCAUUCACUGCUAGCCCAGGUCUAUAUACAGUAUUCACAGGCUAUGUGCUGUGGUCGUUAGUAAAUUAGGUUUGGGUAAUUUAUAUUAAAAACGCCCAUUGACGGUGAUCGACGUCCAAUCCGCUGGCAGCCAGUGGGUUACUUUAUGGAAUAACAUUAAAGCCGUUAGAAAAGUAGCAAAGUUAUUGUUUUUCCUUAGUUUGAGUGUUUUAAGUGGUAAUAUGUCAAAGAUAAUAUGUGGUCAAUGUAAAAACUUCAUUUUUAAAGCCGUCAGGGGCAGCUAAUGAAUUACUACUAUUUUGGAAAUCUUACUAUCUGACAGAUGGUUCAUUAUUAUGACAAAAGUAUGAAAUUGCCAUUGUAAAGAAAUCUUAUUGAAAUUACAUAGAAUGGUACCUCUGAAGCUAAGCCCAACAUUUUUCCAAGGCUCACACUCAUAUGCAAUUGUAAAACUUAAAGCGCAAGACAACACCUUGCAUAAAUGACAUUUGUAUAAAAGACAGAUGCUCAAACUAUGCAAUUUGCAAAUUUCUUAGACCUCUGAUAACAGAAAAAAUAAUGUUUGCUGCUGGAUGUUUAAAAGCGGAGUCGGCGGCCAUCGUUCGUUGGGGGGACUUCUAUGGUGUGCUCUAUUGUAGUGGACCUAACGUGAGUGAUUUUUUCCACUAAAAUACUCUUAAAGUGGAAGUUCAGGAUUUUUUACAUUAGGCUUAAACUUCGAGAUAUCAGGGGUUUAGUUAGUUGGUGGAGUUGAUUUCAACACAUUCCAUUUCGUUUGCAAGUUAUCUGUUAGUUUCAGGGCUCAGGAGUGGCUAAGCUAGUGUGAGUCAAUGGCACCAUUAUAGCAUGCCAAUAAAAACAACAAAUGCACACACGAAAAUCAGUGAUGACCCAUGCAAUCGAUACUGUUGGCUAUGUUUUCAGGAUUGCAUGUCAACAAUUGCAGUAUGAACAGCAACAUUUGUAGUCCAGAAGCUCUUCAGAGGAGCAGGACAGAGUGAUAUCACAUCGUUUUUUUUGUUGUUGUUUUUUUUACCGCUGAUUUUUUUAUGUUGUAGCCAGCAGCAAAUGACCAGUUUAUAUUUUUCCUCGUUUUUCAUAGCGAAUUUGUGGAAACUUUCCUUUGCCCGUUUCUUCUGUAUGCUUCCAUAGCCUCCAAAUGCUCAUUUUGCCAUGUUGCCUGCCGUCAGUUAACUUUGCAGACUGAUGCUGCAUUCGAGGAAGGUGGAAAGUCAGUUUCCAACCUCUGAUCUGGAAAAAUAUCAUUAGUACGCCGCCACUAUUUGAUUGCUUAUGAAAACUAAGGUUUGCUGGAGGUCAAAAUGUCUUUUAAAGGCUAAAAUAAAAAACAACUUGUGGCGGUCAGCCAUCUUUGUUGUUUACAUUUGCUUGGUAUGCUUUAAGGUCGCAACUGGUACCCUCCGAGCGAGAUAAGUCCGACUUCCCACCUUCCUUGAAUGCAGCGUGAGAACGAGUGACCGAAGCACUCCUCUUUAUUGGGGUCGUAUUACCAGGGGUGAAAGUGGGCCAGAAUGGUCAGGAACGCAGUUCCGGUAUAAGAUUCAGGGCCAGAACGCAGUUCUGGUAUAAGAUUCAGGGCCGGAAUGCUGUUCCGGUACACGGUGCUUUGAUUCUGAAAAUAUGGCAGCAACUGUCAAACCGCUAUGUAAAAAAAAAAAAAAUAAUGCUAAGCUGCCUCACAUGCAUUUCACCUCCAAGAAGAAAACAAUCUACCAACAUCAGAUUUACAUACACAAGUGUUAACAACAUGCAUAAUAAAGUGCUUGUGUAGCGUAAUUCGUUUCCCCCAAUAUUUAUUUUUGAUUUUAUUCCACGGACGGCAUGGAAUUUUCCCCAGCUCCUGCAGUUACUAUAUCUGAGUCUGACAAUGGUGAGUCACGCCAAUGUGCGAAUGCACGCAGCAAAGCAAAACGCCUGAACUCAUUUAUCCGUUCAAUUGGCUGACAUACUGGUUCAUUGGGUGCAUGUUUUCUGGAACAGCAAAAAAAAAAAAAAAAGCUUGUUGAAUUGAUGCGACAAAAAAAGAGCAACGCAACAUAAAAUGGAUCAAAUCUUUAAGAGCAACGAAAGAGUUGAGGAGGCUUAUUUAUCAUAUUUAGUUUUAUUUGCUCUGAUGGGGAGGUUCAGAACAUCUUAGCUGUCAAUGUGCACUUUGUACUUAUAUUUGUUCAUUUAUGUUAGGCUACUUAUUCAUUUCCUUAUGAUUUAUAAAAGUCAAUGUUUGCGCGAUCUUCAAAAUCUAUUCCAUUUCACUCUGCAUAAUAUAAGUAAUUUGUACUUAUUUUUCUGAAUGUAUAUAACAUAUCUUUAUUAUUAAAAAAAAUGUUUACAUUAACUUCAAUUUUAAUAUUUGCCUAUGUUCUUAAGUAGUUAAAAUUGAGAUUUGGCAUUUUUAGCAUGUGAGGAAAUGAGGGAAAAUAAAAAUUAGGAGAUAGAGGUUGGGGUUAUUGCUGUUUUUGUUAACUUUUAUUUUGCAAAUCAUUGAAAAAAUACCAUUUUGAAUGAAAAAUAAAUAAAUAAAAUUUCUGGCUCCGUGGCGACCUUCACGUCGGGGAGUUCCAGCAAGAAGUUCUAGCCACUUUCACCCCUGCGUAUUACGCAUCUAUAAAAAUAGCCCUGCAGAAUGAAAUGAAUGACGGCAGUUUGGUGUGACAUUGUUUUGGCCGCAUGGGUGUUUUGAAACAAUGAUCUGUGUUUUGAAUUUAUUUGACUAUGUUGGAUCUGUUCGUAGAUCUGUAUCGUUUUUUAUUGGCAUGCGAUAAUGGUGCCAUUGACUCUCCACUCCGGAGCCCUGAAGCUAACAAAUAACUUGCAAACGAAACGGAAUCUGUUGAAAUCAACUCCACCAACUAACUAAACCCCUGCCCACUUGAAAAUUAAGCCUAAUGUCAAAUAUCUUGAACUUGCGCUUUAACUCUCUCAAUUCUUGACGGAUAUACAAACGGGUUGGUUAGUAACAAACCGUAUCAAUUUGGCUAUGAUACAGGGUGAAUGUUAAAAAAAAAAAAAAAAUCGGUUAGACUUUAUAACUUUUCGUUAUCACUAGUUAAUAGAUCACUAGUAAACUGUUAAUAGAUAAUUUAUUGUUAAUUUGUUACAUGUUUGUUUACAGUUUGUUAAGCAUUUAUAAUGAUGCCUUAUAAAUAGUUAACACAUCAUAAAUAAAGUGAUGGUUAAUGAGUAAUAAAUGGCCUGUAAACUGUAUGUCAAUGAUUUAUAAAUUUGUAAUAUACCAUUAACAAGCUAUUAGUAACUUACUAACAAAUGACAAGUGAAAGGAUAGUUUGUUAUUGGGACGUUUAAGUGCAACUUAAGAAUAACGUACCAAUAACAUACAUAAGCAUAUAACGAAUACUUAUUAUAUUAACUCAGACUUUACAAAUCAGUUGUUAAGUUUGCUAAACAUCUACUGAACUUUGAUACACAGCAAAUAUCAAGGAGCAAGUUCAAGGUACAUGAUGUAAUAUUUAAAAUAUCAAAUUUUUAUUUUUAAAUGUUUACACAAAUGUUUACGUUUAAUGUCCAUACAUCACAGCAAAUUGUUAACAAACACUUAACAAAUCAGUAAUAAAUUUAGUUUAUUGAUCAUUUAUCCUUUAUUAACAGUUUAGUAAUGAUGUUUAAACUUGUUAUAACUGAUAGUUAUUAUAAAGUGUUACCAAAAAAUCCUUAUUUUUAAACAACUAGUUCAUUUACUGCAUAGCUGAUGCUUAUGAAAAACUAAGCUGUUAAUAACAGCCCUUAACGCAAAAUGGCCGACAAGUUAUGACUCUCGUUGGCUCAUGGAGAGCAUCAGACCAGCAAUUCUGUGUUUAUCAUGCAAGAUUGUUGUUUUCCUUUAACACGAUCCAAUCAAUACACACCUAUGCAAAAUUGGUUAGUUAAAAUUUAACAAAUAAUACAAUACACCAAAAAAAAAACUGUUACAAAAGAUGACAUACAUAAAUACAGAUGAAUUAAAUGAAGAUGAAUGUGUUUUUGAAUUGUGAAAGGAAGCACAAGUGAAAUCCAAAUUCCUCUCACAAAUUAAGAUGGAAACCUUUUAUAGUCACAGUUAUACUAAGCUUUAAUGACACGUUUGCAGAUCUAUAUUUAUUUUGUCAAUAAAUAUGCCUUCAUAUGAUGUUUUUUACUUGAGAGUUUACAUUGUUCCUAUGUCCCUACAUACAUUUCUUUCAUAUUGGAGAGGGCAUUGAUGUACAAACAAAUCCAUUUAUUCUGCACUAGAAAAUCCCAAAAUGGAACGGUAAAUUACUUGACAUGUACUGUGUUGUCUAACUUUAUGGAGAAUAUAAAGACAAUUGUAUAUGUGCCGUAUUUUCCACAUUAUACGGCACACCCAAAAGCCUCCAAUUUUCUCUUUUUUUUUUUUUUUUUUUUUUUUUAAAACCUGUCCUGUUCAGCUGUUUGACACAGAGAAUGGAAGUCUAAGUGUCUGGAUUCUGAACAGUUUUAAUGUUUCACAUGGAGAGUCUGACAUACUCCCAUUGUGAUCAUUCAAAAUACCUUUUUAUUAUGACAAAGCAGCGAACAGGAAGGGAUUAUGGGGGGACAGAAGAAAAGAAAUACAAGAGAAGAAAGAAAAGAAACACAUACACAAACAACAACAAGAAAUACAUUGAACAUCUAAACUAGUUACUAAUAUGCUGGUGCUAUCGUCAGCGAGAUGUAUUUCCGGUUUACACCAUGUGGGGGCCAAUUGGCCAGUGAAAGAGGAGAAUGGGGGUGGGGGUGUCUAUAAGACUAUAAGCUAAGUGAUUGAAAGGGGUAGAGUGUACACAAAUCAGUUCUGUGAUCUAGAACCCAGUAAUCGUGUGAAUCUCUUAUGAGUGUAAGCCCGUUGGCGACCAACCCUACGCCGCCGCAUCGCCAAUCCUGGCACCGGAACCCCCAACCCGAGCAUGCCCUACCACAUCCAGCAGCACGCAAGCCCCAUCGGGCGCGCGACAGCCACGCAGACGGGCGGAGAAACCGCGCGGGCGCCAACCCAGGGCCACGGCCCCCACCCAGCCAGCCCGGGGAGGGAGGGCGGGUGGGGGGGUGGGGGAUCCAUGCGCAGCCCAUCCCUCCUCCCGCCGCCCAGCAAAGGAGCCACCGUCCCCCCCCAGGGUGGUCCCCCGGGCCACCCGCGUGCCCAUCAACCGGCCUUCAGGGAUGGCAGGAGGGGACGCAUCACCAACCCCACGCCUACACCCACCCCCGCCCGCCCACCCGGGCCACGAGCCACAGCCACAGCCCCCCAAACGGCACGGCACGCCACGGGACCCCCAGCGGCCCACCAAGCCCCAGGCAAGGCAGGGUCCCCCGCCGGUGCAGGCGACACCCCGCUGAUACACCGGCGCCCAGCCAGCGACCCGCGACGGAGCGCAGGGCGGAUGCCCAGCCAGAGAAGAGAGGGGAAGGCGGAGGCAGGAGAACGCCCAGGAACUGCCACGGGGCGAUGCAAGAUCGGAGACCCGACCCCCCAACCCACUCCCGCGGCCGGCAGCCGAGGCAGAAGGGAGGCCACACCCCGGGAGCCACGCCAUAUAGAAAAAGUGUAGGACCCACCUACCACCCUAUUACUGUGGCUGCCAGGUUCCCGACUGGCAGCCAUCACCCAGCACCGUGAUGGGGGUGUGAGGGGAGGGUAGUGCAAUGUAUGCAUUAAAAUAGGAGAGCUUGGCUUGGGGCAGUGGGACCGCAGCAUGGAGUUUCUGUCCAGCCGCCCGUCCCACCGCCCUUUGCCGGAGCUCUCCUGUGGAGUAUGAUGCGUGUGGUGCAUUUAAAAAAGGUGCAGGGAUGGCGGGGCCUGUGGUGAGGAGGCAGCCGUGAGGCCCCCCCCCCAACAGGUCCCAACCAUCCCACAACCUUGGUGUGUGGUGCAUUAAAAACAGGGGGGAGUCGGGCUGGGACUGUAAAGCCCCGUCCCAACUCUCCCCGGAGAAAUGUAUGAGCAUGUAAGUGCCAGGGUGAAAAAUAUUUACAGUGCCGAAGUGAGAAGUGCGUGAGUUAAGAGGCAGGCUCCCGCGGGCGUGGCCCCGUCCACCAGACCCACCGGCCCCAGGGCGGAAGAAGCGUCAGGGCCCCGAUCAAUCCCCGCCCCAGACCACCCACGGCGCCUCCGCGACCGCCCGCCCCCCUCCCACCCACCGAGCACCCACCCCGCACCCCGAGCAGGCGCCACACCAAGCGCCGGCGACCAGGGGGCGUCCACCCCACCGGCAAGGGACAGCAAGCCUCACCCUAGGCCCCGCGGGCCGGGGGGCAGCCGCGCAGCCUCCAAUUUUCUCAAAAGCCAACAGUGGGCCUCAUUACCCGAUGCGCUUUAUAAAUGGAUCAAUAUUGGUUAAUCAUGUCAUGAAAUUCCCUUUAAUGCAGCUCCAUCUAGCGGCUGCAUAAUGCAACCCCAACCACUAGUACUACUACUACUGCCCCUUAUAAUGCGGUGCGCCCUAUAUAUGAAAAACAUUUUAAAAUAGGUCAUUCAUUCAGGGUCCGCCUUAUAUUUCAAUGCGCCUUAUAGUGCGG